AUGUAUCUGAGCUAUACAAUACUAGCUGUAUUUCUUUGUGUGUUUGGUGAUGCCGGGGGCAGCCUACAGGAUUGUUUAGAUGUAGUAGACACCUACUGUCCUGUCGAGGCGAGCUCUCGUGUGGACCGAUACUACUGUGACAGCCGGGGUAGAGUAUAUAAUGGAAGCUGCCAACUUCAGGAACAGUUUUGCAGACUGAUGUUUUUCCAUAAUGAAUCAUUCCAUUUAACUAAACUGGGACCGAACUGUGACCAUCCACUGUACAUAUCAGCCAUCCCUCGUCCCCUCACCACAGAGGAGACAAACCUAUUUGCAUCCAUUGUCCACGGUGUUGACGACAGGCUCAAGAGGUCUGAAGCAGCAGGCACAAGUGCCAAUGCAUCGAAGCUGAUUUUCUCGAAGCAGGAUCAUACACACAGAAUUUAUCAAAGGAAUCCACUCUGCUGGGCACAUGACAUCGAUUUGACCCCAAUAUCCCCAUGGAAUAGCUACGGGAAAACUCGUAAGGCAGGGACAUUAUUAUCCCCACGACAUGCCGUUUGGGCCAGGCACUACAGCAUCCGUGUCAACAGCACACUACGUUUUGUGGACCGUCACAACAACGUGGUAGAUAGGAAGGUGAUAAAGACGAGGGCCUUAUACACAAACACCUCGGUCCAUCAGAACUUUCUUUAUGGUCAUGAUAUGGUGGUUGGUCUCUUGGACGACGACGUGCCAUCCUCCAUCUCCUUUGCCAAAGUUCUGCCGCGUAACUUCACUGUUCUUAAUCCUCACAAGGAAAUGGUCCGACUUCCGGUCCUGAGCACUGACUUUGAAGAGAAGGCAUUAGUGGAAGAUUUAAGCUAUAUGAGUGGCUCCAUGGUAUCCUUGACAACACCCAUUUCUUCUUCCACGAGACAUAAAUACUAUGAACCAAAGAUUGUCGGUGAUAGUGGAAAUCCAUCCUUUUUCAUCAUAAAUGAUCAGCUUGUGUUUCUUUUCGUAUUUACCUUUGGAGGAGCAGGUUCAGGCACUUCGGUGCAGUACAAUUUUGAUGAAAUUAAUACUAUAAUGACCAGACUCGGUGGAGGUUAUCAGUUAACGGAGAUUGAUUUGUCAGGCUUCAUGACUGACGCAAAAGUCAACACUCUGUUUGGCCGUCCUGUGUUUGGAUAA